AGAGAGAGAGAGAGAGAGAGAGAGAGAGAGAGAGAGAGAGAGUAUCACUGUAUCAGGAAAAAAAGAAGAAGAGAGAGGAGUAUCAGGAAAAAAGAGGAGAAGAGAUGUCGGGAAGCACUGAUAUAUGGGAGCAAAUCCGCAAGGAGGCGCGGACGGAGUCAGAGGCAGAGCCGGUACUCGCGAGCUUCUUGUACUCGACGAUCAUAGUUCAUCGCUCGCUAGAGCGCGCACUCGCGUUCCACUUGGCAGGGAAGAUGUCGUCGGCCACACUGUUAUGUACGCAGUUGUUCACACUGAUGACGGAGAUCUACCAGAAUGAUCGCUUCAUCGGCGACGCCAUUCGAGCGGACCUCGUCGCGUUUCGGCAGCGCGACCCCGCCUGCGAGACGUACCUCCACGUCUUCCUCAACUACAAGGGGUUCCUCGCUGUCGAGGCGCACCGCGUCGCUCACUCCUUGUGGAAGAGCGGCCGGAGGUCGCUCGCGCUUGCCAUCCAAAGCCGCGUUUCUGAGGUCUUUGGUGUCGACUUCCACCCCGGGGCAACCCUCGGGAGAGGGGUCUUCUUGGACCAUGCAACGGGCGUCGUCGUCGGGGAGACUGCGGUCAUCGGGAACAACGUGACCAUUCUACACCAUGUUACGCUGGGUGGGACGGGGAAGCAGACGGGGGACAGGGACAGGCACCCGAAGAUCAGAGACAACGUACUGAUCGGAGCGGGCGCGCAAGUUCUCGGCAAUAUCGUCGUGGGAGAGGGCACCAAGAUAGGCGCAGGAUCGGUGGUGCUUUCGAACAUCCCACCGUAUUCCACAGCAGUUGGAUCGCCGGCACGCGUCGUCAUCCCGAAGAAGAACAAGACCUUCGACGGCUACAAGGUAGAGAACUGGGACGACUACGAGAUUUGAGGCGACAUCGUGAUCAUGAGGAAUUCUUUUUGUCUGACCGGAAGACGAUCGUAGCAGAAAGCGGGAGACAGCAGUAGUCGGGAGGGACAGGAAAUAUAACCACGGGAACUAACGAACGAAGAGCAUGCCGACAUAGACGACGACAUCGAACCGGAGCCCUUUUUGAGUCGAGUAAUGUGCAAAGCUCCUGGAAUACGAAAACUGGUUUCGGUUGGAAAGAAGCUGGGAACUGUAUGGAGGAACUUGGAGCGUAGUGGACUGGGAAAUUAGACCUGGUUUAAAGACCGGGCCGGUUCGAACCUUCCAGGCACGGAUUCGAACCUUCCAGGUUGAACCAGGGCCCGCUGGAAACCGGAGCUUCAACUAGACUCG